AUGAAUGCCUCACCCGACCCAGUCGUGACCUCGAGCAUUGUCGACCCAACCAUCUCCGAAAUUCGUUAUCCGGCUCGAACUCCAAAAGCAGUUGAACGAUAUUCGCCCGCCUAUGAGAGGUCAUGGCGAUGUGGAACAGCGGCUCGCCUUGCGGGUCAACCAAAUUGUCGAGAACUUCCCGGAUCCGACGAACAUUACCUUCAACCCGUUGUCCGGAAACACCCGCUUCUUCCUAGUAGUGAACCAGUCGUUGGGCAGAGUAGAGGUGGGGUCGUUAAUGGCAGAGCCUGGGAUACGACGCUGUGGAAAAGGAAAGAGUCCUCGUAG